AACAUAACCUCGCAUUUUUGGCAGCAAUCACCUGACGUUUCUAACAUAAAUAACAACAACCAACUAGUAAUCUUUCCACAGUAAUUUUCCAUCUCCUGGCUGACAAAAAAGGAUCUAAUACCUUCCCACUAACGCGUUACAGUUGGUAACAUGUCCCCUAUUAACUGGUGAAAAUGGAGCCCCAAACCACCGCCUGGGCCAGCCUAAUUGUGAUACUUCUCCUAAGUAGUUUCGGUGUUUUUGGAUUACUAACAGUUCUUGCUGGCAUAUCAGUGUUUUUCGUUGGGGCGUUUUCGCUCCUCUACUUAAAGCUGGGAGAUAUCGAGUCGUUCUAUGCCAAAUGCGCUGGCAAUCCGCUCACGACUAAUCAGCAGAGCGAUGGAGGCCUGAAAGCCAUCAAAGCAGCCCUGUCGAGCCCAAAGAAAGUGCCAAAGUCCGAUAAUCGAGUAACAGGCAGUGAGCUGAUCGACAGCUCGUUACAAGAGAUUCUCGGCUACAUAAUCAGGGACUACAUUGAACCCUGGUAUCGCCUAAUCUCUAUGGACUCGGAGUUUCCUCAGCUGGCCGUCAGGCAGACCGCUCAAACGUUUGCCAUCAAUAUUUCCAACAGAGUAAAGGAGGUUGAUUGGAUCCCAUACCUAACUCAAAGACUGGUGGACGAUGCUGCCACUCAUUUGCGCCUGUACAAGCAAGCAAGGGCCAAGAUGAAAAUCCAGGAAAAGCAGCGCGAGGCUCGAAACUCGCCUGCAAAGGACGCAAGGGCUUCGCCCAAAAAAACCAUCCACAAGCGACACAAAAGCGAAACCGACGUAAGCUGGUAUAAUGGAAAAAGCUCCGACUUCGGACGAGAUGUGGGAAAUUCAAAGUUCUUUUCACCGGAGGCCAAAGAAUGCACGCUAGAGGAGCAUUUCUUCAAUUUGGAGCUGCAAAUGGAGAAAAAUCUAAUUUCCAGACUGGUAGUCUGCACUGAUGUGGCAAAAGAAAAAGAAUUCCUGUGCGAAAUUAUGGAAGUGUUGCUUUACAUCCUGCUACCAGACGAAGACUUUCAGUGCAAGCCCUUGCGGUAUUUGCUGCGCGAUAUUUUCUCAAAUGGCGUCAUUUUGCCACUCUUUAACCUGGUGGCUGAUCCUGACUAUAUCAACCAGGCAAUGCUUUGGAUCUGUCUGCGAAACAUGCCCAUAUCCAGCGAAAUGUUCCUGACAACUUUGCGGCUGACUGAAAGCCCGGAGGAACUGAAAAGUACCAAAGAGUUAGUCGAGAGCGAAAUACACAACUUAAGAUCCAGGGAUGCAGGUGGAGAAGACCUGGCAGUGAAGCAGCAGCUGAGCAGUCUGGCUUAUGUGGUGAAACUCAUCGACUCCAGGUUAGUGAAGAUGGAGACGUCCGGCUGCAUGGACGAGGCCCUUCCUAUGGACAAGAUCCCGAAAAUCGACCUAAGCCUUGAGCAAAUUCUGCAGGACAGCCUGGGGCUGUCCUAUUUCAUGGACUUCGUGUCCAGUCAGGGCAGGCAACUGGAUUUAUUCUUCUACCUGAACAUCGAAGGAUGGAAAGAUUCCCUAAAAAAGGAGCUACUCGAGGUUCAACAGCCGUCAGAAACCGCUUUGUUGGUAUGCGAAAAGGCACGAUGCUCAGCCCUAGGAAUCUAUGAGCAGUACUUAGGCGGCAAAGAGGAGCGAGUGAACAUCAGCGAAGACAUUGCGCAAAGUUUGCACUUUAAAAUCAGGAACCUGAACGAAAAACCCCACGAGUUCUGGUUCGAUAAAGUGAAGAAAGUUAUGUUUGAGAAAAUGGAGAGCGAAUGCUUAGCGGCGUUUAAGAGAAGCAAAACCUACAUCAAGAUGCUGCAUGAGCUGGAUUUGGUGCCGCAAAGCAUAGCUGAGGAGGACAGCGUCAGCUUGAACAGCAUUGAAAGCCUGGAAAAGGACAACAGUAUGGGCGAAACCCUAAAACCGAAUAAAUCCACCGCUAAUCUGCUAGCGGUGGAACAAUCACCCAAACUGGUGAAACAUGCUCGGUCAUUUAGCGAUGUCACUAUGUUUAAGGGGGCGGAAAAUGGACAGUCGUUGUUUAACCCGCAUCUUGCAGCGCCUGUGGACGGUGAUGCGGCCAGCUUCAGCUCGAAAACUGAGGCAGAGAGUCUGAAAACCGGAGAAUACGGAUUAGCUGUGAAUAUCAUAGAAACUGGUAUCGUUUGCGAAAAGGGUAAAACUUUUGGAAUCUACGCCAUUAGGGUGAGCAGGCAGUAUUCGUCAGGGUAUUUGGAAGAGUGGCACAUUUAUAGGAGAUACAGCGACUUCUAUGACUUGCACAUGAAAGUUAAGGAAAAGGUAUGCAGAUUGAGCAUUGAGAGUUUUGGUUGGUAGCUUUGAAUAUUUUUU